GCGUUGACGUUACGGUUAUCCGGGAACUUGUGUCAUCAUUAGGAGGAAGUUCUUCGAAGAUCAAGGCGCCCGAAGCGAAUUAGGCCCCCCAAAAGAAGUCUUUAUUCCGGGAUAAAACUGAGGAUGGAGGCCAACACGCCGCAGCAGACCGCAGCCAGAAAUGCUUCUGGACCAGAGGAGGAGACCCAAAAGACAUCAACUGCAGCCCAGGUGCCCAAAAAUCUGCCCGAAAUCCGCUUGGUGGUGUUGGGAUGGAGGUGGCCGGGGAAGAGCUUGACAGCCAACACCAUCCUAGGGAGGGAGGAGUUCCACUUGGAACGAGCGGCUGAGUUCUGCGUUACUAGGGAAACGGAGGUAGAGGGCCGCCAGGUGGUUGUGGUGGACACUCCAGGCUGGUUCAGUACUCAGGAUACGCCGCCCUCCUAUAAACAGGAGCUAGUCCGGGGUGCCUCUCUUUGCCCUCCGGGUCCUCACGCCUUCCUGCUGGUCAUCCCUGUGGGCAUGUUCACUGAUGUGGACCGCGCACGCAUCGAGGAGCACGUGAGCCUCUUUGGCGAGCACGUGUGGAAUCAUAUGAUUGUGGUGUUCACCUGGGCGGAGGUGUUGCGGAACAUUUCCAUCGAGAGAUACAUACACAGGGAGGGCAAAGAACUGCAGUGGGUGCUGAGGAAGUGUAAGAAAAGGUUCUUUGUUAUUAACAACUCCAUUUUCGGGGAGAACCCCCAGGUGGGAAAGUUACUGAUGAAGGUCGAGAAGAUGGUGGCAGAGGAAGGGGACCACUACAGUUUAAAGGUGGAGGAGAACCCUUUGGAUCAGAACCAGAAUCCAGCUAGGUCGCCGCAGGAGCUGGGGGCCCGACCAAAACAGAACUCUGGACCGGACCUCUCAAAGACCGUGGAGGCAGAGCAAACCUGCAAUUAAUGAGACCCUGUGUGCUGAUGGACCUUCUCCUGGCCGAGGCGCGGAUAUGAAAACACAGAAACCUGUAGGAAAUGUUACUGACUGUAGAAAAACACAAUAUCAUAUUUAAAGUAAUAAUCAGACAUAUUAGUGUGAUCUUGAGGCCUUUUCAACAACAUGUUGUCCAGAGAUGAUUAUUAUUUUUAUUUUAUCCCAUUAUUUUAUUUGUAUGUUUUAGUAGGAGGAUGUUUUUACCAUUAAAAAAAAGAAGCACAGGCGGUUGCAUACAGAAAGUAGCCGUCAUUAUUGUGGAACUCAGCGCUCCUUAGAGAUGGUGGACACUGACAACAGGAUGGCACUACUAAACUGUCAGCGUUAUUUAAUGUUGGCGAGCAGAUUGAUUUUCAUAUGAUUCCUUUUUGUUGUGACCAAACCGAAUAGUUUAGUUGCGCUGCAAUGUUUCUUCCACUUAACUGUGUACCGCUGGAAAGCACUAAAGCAGUUAUUGACUUUUCUCUGCUGUGUUGCCUUAAAGCACCACUUGUAUUUACUUUAAACAGAUGUUUAUAGUAAAUUAUGACAGAGUGAGCUACUUUUAUAUUACUGUUUAACCUGUUAAAAUGUCAAGAAUCAUUCAUGUUACAUUAACAGUUACUUUGUGCUUGUUUUCUUUUGUUGUUCUUGUACUGUCCUAAAGGUAAUGUCCUUUACUUUCCGACAGAAUAAAUGAUUUUAAGGGA